AUGAGUGCAAAUGUCUCAGGAUCCGACUUUGCACCUCUGCAUGCUUUGGGUUCUUCCGUGUCUGGCGCCAGUAUGCGUCACGUAUCAACCGUCCCUUCUGGCACUUCGGACGUCGAAGCUACUGACGAUAGCUCGUUGUUGUUGUCGUCGUCGCGACGGACAGUGCAAAGCUACACGAACCAGCCAACGCACUACUUUUCCACGAGGUCGUCGCCACCGGUUCCUAUGUACCAAAGUGAUGACGACGAGGAAUCCAUCGAACCGAUGCGACCACCGCCGCCGGCCCCUUACAUGGAGGAGUUGCCGCUUCCUCCUGCCGCUCCACUCGCAGCUACAGCACCGACUCCACCAAGUAGCGAAGGGAUCCCGGAUUUUGACGAACUCACCGCCCGCUUCGAGCGCCUUCGCAAGCGUCAAGACCGCCACGACGAGGGCAACAUGUCGUUCACCUUUUAA